UCCUCCUCUCCCUUUCUUUCUCUCUUCCAAGAAAGGGGGAGAAAGGAAAACAAAAUCAAAAAACAAUUACAUAAAAACAAAAAAAUUGUUAAGAGAAAGGAAGGAAAAGAGGUUAGGAGGGAAGUCUCUGGGAAAGAGGUUUGACCUCUCUUUCUCUCUCUUCCUUCUCUUUGAACCAGUCCAAUCCUCCUUUUGAAUUCAUCAUCAUCAUCAUGCCUCUUGUCUUGUAAAUUCCUUUUCUUGAACUUAUUCCCCACUUCCCUUCCUGCUUCCCAUAAAUCUCCUCUCAUUUUCUCUACCUUUGUUGUUCACAUACCUGCCUUCUUUGAUUUUUCUCGUUUAUUGAUCCGUAGUUUCGUGGAAAGUCAAAAUUUCCAUUUUCCAUAACAUUUGGCUUUUGUUUGGUCUUAUUCUCUUCAGAUUUGAUCUUUUAUAGCUGGAUCUUUGAUCUUCUAUCACAAUUAUAAAUACCCAUUUCUUGUUUUUCUCAAACUGACAGAUUUUGACUGAAAAUAAGAAAAAUUUUUUUUAUCGAUCUGAAUUCAUUUUUCGCUUCAAAUCCAAAUACCCAUCACACCAGGAGCCACAGAAAUCCCAACAAACAAGACUUUUUCUGGGUCAAAUUUAUAUCUUUUUUUAAUUUCUGAUUCAUGGGUAAUUGUUGUGUUACCCCUUCAACGGCCUCAAAACACGAGCAUAAGAAGAACAAGAAGAAACAAAAUCCAUUUGCUAUCGAUUAUGGUCACAGCAAUGGAGUCCAGCACAAGCUCACCGUCUUAAAAGACCCAACAGGACGAGAAAUCGAGCAAAGAUAUGAGCUAGGCCGAGAGCUAGGUAGGGGUGAAUUUGGAAUAACGUACUUAUGUACAGACAAGGAGACUAGAGACACUUUCGCCUGCAAAUCAAUCUCUAAGAAGAAGCUAAGGACAGCAGUGGACAUCGAAGAUGUCAGGAGAGAAGUGCAGAUCAUGAGGCAUUUGCCUAAGCAUCCUAAUAUUGUGAGUUUGAAGGACACAUAUGAGGAUGAUGACGCAGUGCAUCUGGUGAUGGAGUUGUGCGAGGGUGGAGAGUUGUUUGAUAGAAUCGUGGCAAAAGGGCAUUACACUGAGAGAGCUGCUGCUGCUGUUACAAAGACCAUUGUGGAGGUUGUUCAGAUGUGCCAUAAGCAUGGGGUGAUGCAUCGGGAUCUAAAACCUGAAAACUUUUUGUUUGCAAACAAGAAGGAGACUGCAGCUUUGAAGGCUAUUGAUUUUGGACUGUCAGUGUUUUUCAAACCUGGUGAAAAGUUCAAUGAGAUAGUUGGAAGUCCAUAUUACAUGGCUCCUGAGGUGUUAAAGAGGAAUUAUGGCCCAGAAGUAGAUGUCUGGAGUGCUGGUGUCAUACUUUACAUCUUACUUUGUGGUGUCCCACCCUUUUGGGCAGAAACUGAACAGGGAGUUGCACAGGCGAUCAUUAGGUCUGUCAUAGAUUUUAAAAGGGAUCCUUGGCCAAAGGUUUCUGAUAAUGCCAAAGACCUGGUGAAAAAGAUGCUUGAUCCUGACCCAAAGCGUCGGCUUACAGCACAACAAGUGCUAGAUCAUCCUUGGUUGCAGAAUGCAAAGAAGGCACCUAAUGUUUCGUUGGGUGAAACAGUGAAAGCAAGGCUCAAGCAAUUCUCUGUAAUGAACAAACUCAAGAAAAGAGCUCUUAGGGUAAUAGCUGAGCAUUUGUCAGUAGAGGAAGUUGCUGGUAUAAAGGAGGGAUUUCAACUGAUGGACACUAGCAAUAAGGGCAAAAUUAACAUUGAUGAGCUAAGAAUUGGGUUGCAGAAACUAGGUCAUCAGAUCACUGACACUGAUCUUCAAAUUCUAAUGGAAGCUGGUGAUGUAGAUCGUGAUGGGCAUCUGGACUAUGGGGAGUUUGUGACCAUUUCUGUUCACCUAAGAAAGAUGGGCAACGAUGAACACCUUUGCAAGGCCUUUGAAUUCUUUGAUAAAAACCAAAGUGGGUACAUAGAAAUUGAGGAGCUAAGAGAUGCGUUGGCUGAUGAAGUGGAUGAAAACAGCGAAGAGAUCAUUAAUGCUAUCAUUCAUGAUGUGGACACAGAUAAGGAUGGAAGAAUAAGUUACGAUGAGUUUGCGACAAUGAUGAAGGCUGGUACAGAUUGGAGAAAAGCAUCAAGGCAGUAUUCGCGAGAGCGGUUCAAUAAUCUGAGCCUCAAAUUGAUGAAGGAUGGCUCAUUACAGACGAACAACGGGGGGUAGAUGACUCAAAAAGAGAGGAUCAUGACUUACAAAAGGGCUAAAAGUACACUUUUUGUCUUUCAUUUUUCUUUCUUUUUUCCAGAUUUUUUCUUAUUCCUUUUUUUUUUUAAUAUUUUUAAUCCUUUUGCAAAAUCUUUUUUGGUAACUAGGAUUUGGGGCCUGGUGUUUUUUUUUUUUUCCUAGAAUUUUUUAUGUUCCUUUUGUUUGUUAUGAGAGUGGGGUGGACAAAACUAGAGAAGAAGGUUGAAGAAGGAGCUAUUAUUUGUGGUUGUAAAUAUAGUUAUUAAAUUCCAUCAAAUUAAUUACCUGGCUUUUGUUUACAUGAAAA